AUGCGCAAACCACGGGCUGUCAGUGGCGCAACCGUCCUUGAGCAAGACGUUGUCAAACCCCUUGAGAUAGGCGUCUUGCAGUAUGCCCAUGACACAUUGGUCAAUGUUAAUACCAGUAAAGAGCAGCGUCCUCAGGUUGUGUUCGUUGAUGAAAUUGCCUGUGGUUACCCAGAUGAUCUGGAUGCCAGCCUUUCGGGCAGCAGGAGGGUGUGUGAGAUCGAAGCCCUCCUCUUUCGACCACUUCCAAAAGUUUUUGUCAUUGCCGAUGAUGGUUGGCGACUGGUCUUUGCGGGGCUUUCACCGCCAGUCGGGCUGUUUUCCGGUCGACAUGUCGAACUCUCCUUUCCGGGGCAGUGGGAGAACUUGAAGGACAAGGAGUUUGACGUCAUCAAGUACGAGAUUCUUUUUCCUUACCUUAUCCAAAAACCACCUCUAACAUGCAACUCCACCCCCCAAAAAAGUCUCUGGCGCCCCCUCCACGGCCCAAACUUCGACUGGCCCCUCACCCUCCUAGACUUUGCCUCAGUCGAACCAGACGACAUGAUUCUCAACGACGACCUGCACCGCGACCGGGCAAUGGAGAACACGCUCCUUCACUUCAACGAGAAGCACAGGUGGUAUUUUGUCAACGGGCAGACGGUGGACGACGUGCUCGUUUUCAGGAUCGUCGACUCGACGGGAAAGAGGGCGAGUAAGUUUAUUUUUUUUAAUUCUUUUUCCCAUUUCCCUUUGCAUGAAACUAACUGCCAGUCUUGUGUUUGUGGCUGA